AUGACCACCACAGCGCAGGAUGUGCCCGGGCAAGCACCGCAUGCCAGAGCUGCAGCCGGCCAUACACGGCUGGAGACGACAGUGGACGUCGUGAAGGGGGAGUCUUUCAAGACCGACUGGCAGCCCCCACCUACCCUCACGUGGCCUGUGCCUGAAGGAGAUUACAGGGACCAGCUCCCUCCCCUCAUUCGUGAGGUGGCUGAGCAGUAUGCGCCAGUCGUGCGCAAUGGCAGGUGGACACACGGCCUCUUCGAGUGCUGGGCGCCAAAGAUGAGGGUGCUCAAGGCCGGUGUCCACAUCCCCUGCUGGGAGGCAUACAGCCUGAACCCCUUCAGGUGGCGCGGCGCAUGCUUUGGGCGCACAGUGGGCGAGUGCUUCUGGGUGGGCAUACACCCCACGCGCUGGGCGCGCUCUGCAUAUGGAGGCGACCUCGGAGCCCGCUUCAGGGGCAAGCCACAAAGCCGUAGAACGUGGAAGGAGGCGAUAGCGAGUUUGUCAGCGCUCUACUGUGGGGCGUCGGUGGCGAUCGGCUGCGGUCUGGGCCACAUAUGGAACGCCUGCGGCAGCUACGGCCUCAACACCAUGUCAUGGUUCUCAUGCGUGUCGCGGCAACACCUGCGGCAGCGGUUUGCGCUGCCGUCGACGUUUGGACUGCCGGCCGGCUGCGAUGACUGCGCGGUGCACACCUGCUGCAUGUACUGCGCCAGCCACCAGGAACUGCGCGAACUAGCCGUCCGCGGCAUCGGGGGGCCCGGCAUCCACGUGCUGGACGUGACUCCGCGUUCGUUCAGCCACGUGCCGGGGAUUGACGUGCGGCUGCAGGAGAGCACGGCUGAGCUGGCAGCCAUGGAGGAGGCCCCUGUGGCGUUCCCUCCCGCCGCUGCAAUUCCCCCCGCCGCUGCAAUACCCCCGGCCACUGCCAUUCCAGAGGAAGUGGAAAUGCAGCGCGUGCCCUGA